AGCAAAAUUUUAUUUUUAUGGCGACAAUUUCAGCAGUCGGUGGUGUCUACUCGAAGUUUGUUUAAAUUUCCGCAAUUUUUCGUCGUUUUCCAUCCGGUUUCAGUAGGAAUAGUUGUGCGAAAAACUGUUCAAAAGAUAAUUCAUAGAGUGCUGUUACGCUUUGAACGAUUACGAUCGCGAAUCUGCGGUUUUUCGUGCGGUGAAAAACCGAAAUCGCCAUGUCUCGUGGACCGGGUCCGAUUCCAAAUCGGUGGCUUUACUGUCCACGGAAGUCGGAAACCCUGAUUGCGGACAAAUUUUUGGCUUUCAAGACUCCGCUCAAGGAUGCGUUCGAAUCGCAAAUGCCGAUCGAGUGUUGUUUCUCGCCGGAGAUGCUGUUCCAGGUGAUGAAAACCUACCGGGUCAAAAUCGGCCUGUGGAUUGAUCUGACCAACACAAACCGUUUCUACGAUCGGAGAGAAAUCGAGGAUAACGAUUGCCAGUACGUGAAGCUACAGUGUCGUGGCCACGGUGAAACGCCCACAGUGGAACAAACGCAGGCAUUUAUAGAAAUAGUCGAAGAAUUCAAUCGCGACCACCCGUUGGAUGUGAUCGGAGUCCACUGCACUCACGGGUUCAACCGGACGGGUUUCCUGAUCGUGUCCUACAUGGUGGAGAAGCAGGACUGCGCCGUUGAAGCGGCCAUUGCGGCAUUUGCUAAGGCCCGCCCGCCCGGCAUCUACAAGGAAGAUUACAUCCGGGAACUGUUCCGGCGUUAUGAGGACGAGGAAGAUGCCCUUCCUGCACCGCCGCUGCCAGAUUGGUGCUUCGAUGCCACAGAUGGUUCCAGUAACGGUCAUGCUGUUCCCGCUGAUGAGGACGACACAAAUGCUCAAGAGGAUCCCGAUGAGGACACCAACGAGGGAGAAUCUACCGGCACGAAACGCCGUCACGAUGGCGAAAGUAGCAAUGCAACCGAUUCAGCCGGUGGCAGCAAACGCAAGAAGAUGAAGAAAGAAUUCAUCAACAGAAAUGCUCGAUUCAUGGAAGGAGUUCCUGGCGUGACACUCGUCAGUGACCAGCCCCGACUAGGGAACCUGCAGAAGACGGUGCAAAACAUGUGCGAAUGGAACUCUACCGGGUUUCCCGGCUGCCAGCCCGUAUCCAUGGAUAACAUGAAUCUGAACCUACUCCACGAGAAACCGUACAGGGUUUCCUGGAAAGCGGACGGCACGCGGUACAUGAUGUUGAUCGUGAAAAAAGAUGAAGUGUAUUUCUUCGAUCGAGACAACUCGUGCUUCGCCGUUUCGGGUAUUAGUUUUCCACAGCACCAGAACUUGCACAACCACCUUACCAACACUCUUCUGGAUGGGGAAAUGGUAAUUGACAAAGUCAACGGGCAGAAAAGGCCUCGAUAUCUGGUGUACGAUAUUGUUCGAUAUGAAAAUGACUACGUCGGCAAGAAACCAUUCUUCCCAGAUCGUUUGAUGUACAUCGAAAGGCGCAUUGUUGGACCUCGAACGGAAGCCAUGAAGCAGGGCAUCAUCGACCAGGCGCGCCAGCCAUUCAGCAUAAGACACAAAGGUUUCUGGGAUAUAACACAGGCGCGAGCACUGCUGGGGCCAAAGUUUGCCAAGACCCUGUCGCACGAUCCGGACGGGUUGAUUUUCCAGCCGGCCAAAGAAAGCUACGUAGCGGGCGCGUGCCCGGAAGUACUUAAGUGGAAACCAUCCACGCUGAAUUCCGUCGACUUUAGGUUAAAGAUUGCCGUGGAAAGCGGCGUGGGAGUUUUACAGAAAAAGAUUGGGCUGCUAUUUGUUGGAAGUCACGACCGCCCGUUUGGUCAAAUAAAACUUACUAAGGAGUUGCGGGAGCUAGACAAUAAGAUUAUCGAAUGCAAGUAUGAAAACAAUGCCUGGGUCUUCAUGCGCGAGAGAACGGACAAAUCUUUCCCUAACAGCUACAACACAGCAAUAAGUGUUUGUCAAAGUAUUCAAUGUCCCGUAACGACUGAAAUUUUGUUGAAUUUUAUUGACCAUAAAAGGUAUCGAGAGCGUCCACCUCUGCCAACAGCAUUUCCGCAAUAAUCUGCUGAAAACUUGUUUCACCAUAUGCUGUUACACUCAUCGAUUUGUUUAAGAUGUCUCUACUAGUUUAAUGUAAUAAUUGAAAAAGACAAAAAAAAAACUAUCAAAUUGUGAUUUGAUAAAAUAGACAUAUUCAAAAAUUGA